AUGGCGACUGCAGCACCUUCACUUUUGGCCAGCUCUCCAGCGAAGACAAAUGGAAACAAGCUGAGCAGGCUUCUCAUCGAUGGUGGAACUACGGUGCUCAGGAAUGUUUUUGAUCAUUAUCACCCUCCUACAACCUUGGCUUCUGAUCUCAAUGCCAAUUACUCCACUCUUAACAACCUUUUGCGUAGAAGAGUACUAAAUGGCCAUCAGUGGGAAAAACUCUUCCCCCAUGGAGGGGUACCAGAUUCCAAAACGUUUGACAUCACUCUUCUUUUCCUUCUGCUGACUAACAUUUGUGGUUUAUCCCCUCCCCUGACAGGAUGGCACUCCAAGCCAUCCCCUAGUGAUAACUCUCGUGAGGCUAACCUUGCUCGCGUUAAGUUCUUUCGGAAUGAGCUGUAUGGUCACGUGACGUCCAGUGGUGUUGAUGCGAAAUCCUUCUCUACCUUCUGGCAUGAAAUAAGCACGGCUCUUAUUUUUCUUGGUUUAGAUCAGGCUGAAGUUGACAGACUGAAUGCAGAGCGGGGUGGAGAGGAAGAUUAUCUUGAUGCCUUAAUUGAGUGGGCAGGCAGUGAAGAGGACAUUAAGGCGCAGCUGAAGGAUAUACACCAGAGGCAACUAAAACUCAGUGAGACCCAAUGUAAAACACAUGACGUCGCAGAAGAAGUAUUGAGGGUGGAGCUCAAAGGUGAGAAAAUCCUUCUUGAUAGCAAGUCAAAGUUGGAUGAAGUAAGCCAGUUGGUAUACGCAACACAUCAAGCGACAAAUGAAGCACAUCAGGAGAACAUAUUGCGUUUGGAUAAAGUGUGUGACUCCCAAUCCAAAACCAUUCAUGCUGUCGAUGUAAUGCAUGAAUCAAUUCAAGAAGUAAAACAGGAGGUAAAAGGCUUGACGAAAAGGAAAAACGAGCAUGCAGAUGAGGUACUAAAAACCCUUGUGAAGUCGGAAUUCAAAGGAGACAUAGAAUUUCAUGCAAACAAAUUCCAGGAAGGAACCCGUGAGUGGAUCUUCGAAAGCAUCAAAGACUGGUUAGACUACCGGAGCUCGCCCCAUCGCGUGAUGGUAAUCAGUGGCAAUCCUGGGAUGGGAAAGACUGUUAUCUCUGCUGUUGUUUCGCAAAGAAUGCAAAGAGUUGGAAGAUUGUCAGGGAGCCACUUCUGUCAGCAUAACAAUUCACGGUACCGAGAUCCACGUUUAAUGCUCCAGUCUUUGGCCUGCCACUUGUGUCAAGCGAUGCCAAGUUACAAAGAUACUCUGGUAGAACAGUUGUCUAGAAAUCUGGGAAAGGACCUCAACAACAUGGGUGUAGAAGAGCUGUUUGCGUUGCUGUUCAAAGAGCCUCUGAGCACAGUACAAGAUCCUGGAAGAAACACCCUAAUAGUCAUAGAUGGCCUCGAUGAAAGCGAGUACCAAGGACGCAAUGAGCUUCUAUAUGUAAUCAGUAACCACUUUUCUAUGCUUCCAGUUUGGAUUAGAAUUUUGAUCACAACUCGUCCAGGAAGGAGCAUAAUAGAGGCAUUGCAACAUUUAGAGCCAAUCGAGCUUAAACAAAAGCGUGAGGAAAACUUAAAUGACAUUCAAACCUUGUUUGAAAAUCAACUCAGCAACAAAAUUGGUGAAGAGCAUAAAGAUAUUAUCUUGAAAGAGCUGGUUAAGAAAUCAGAAGGCCUGUUUAUUUACGCUUACUUUAUAGUGGAUUUUAUUCAAAAGAAUAUUUCAAUUCUCACCCCUGAUCAGCUGGAAAGCGUAUUGCCUUCAGGUAUUUCAUCCGUUUACUUGUCCUAUUUCAAACGGUUAGAGAAUGAACUUUGCAAAGAGCUUAAUGCAGAUGAGGAACAUUUUUUGCGUUUCCUGUGUGCAUUGACCGCUGCAAGGGAACCAUUACCAGUAGAAUUCAUUGCCAAAAUUCUAAACCCUGGAGGAAAAUCAUUGACUGCGCAAAGAAAAGUUAAAAAAGCAAUAUCUUCCAUCUCUACACUGUUACCAGUUCGGGAGGGUCGUCUUCACUUCUUUCACAAGUCAAUAAAGGACUGGUUAAUAGCAUCAUUGCCCUAUGAACAGCAUGAUUUCGCGGUGGAUGAGAAAGAAGGUCAUGACGUCCUUUCUGAUCUUUGUGCUUCUGAACUCGAUAGCAUCCAGCGAAAAGGGGUUCAUGACAGACAGUUCACGAAUACUGAAUCAUAUGCUUUGCAUCAUGGUACCCAGCACAUGCUUCAGGUGGUGAACUAUCAUGACUGCGCUGACCAAACAAGAACCAAUAGUGUCACAGUAGAACAAGUCUACAAAUACGCAAUGGACCUGGAGCUUGUUUAUGCGAAACUUAAAGUUAAGAGCACAUUCGCUACAGAAGAUCUUCUCAGUCUUCACAGUCAAAAUUGCAGUUUAUUAAGUGAUGAAAGAGUUUUCGUUGUGACUUCUCUCCUUAGUCUUCUAAAAAAGCACUCUUAUAUCUUGGUUGAUCACCCUCACCUACUUUUCCAAUGCUUGAUUAACGAAGGAAUUCCUGAAUUAUCGUCCUCAGCAGCAGUUAUCCUUGAAUCGUCAAUGCCCCAAAUAGCCUACAUGAAAUACAGAAGAACAGAAGGGAGCCGACAAGGCAAGAUUUGAGUGUUCAGACAAAAUCGUUUGUUUUGAUGUUUCACCUGAAAUGGAUUUUAUUGUGUGCGAGUGUCGAGAUGGAACCAUCCAUCUGUGGUCUCUUCAGACAGGCAGCAAGAUAUGGGUUCGACCAACAUUAACGAAAAAAGAGUUCUAUUCUGGAUAUCCCGACAACACUGCAUACCGUGUUGUAGGUAAUACCUCUUUGUCUUAUUACCGUUCUGUGACGUUUCAUCCAAAUGGGAAAUCUGUGCUAGCAGGGACACUCCAAUUUGUGUAUACUGUAGGUGGAGAGAGGAAAGACCUUUUCCCUAGCAGUAAAUGUGUUUUUUCAAAUUUCGUCUUUUGCAAAAACAAGAAAGAAAUUUUAACUUACUGCCCAAAUAAGCCAAAGGAGGUAGCCUUGUGGAAUAUGGUAAAUGGUGAAAAACUUCUUAUCAUCGCUGCUGACCAAGAAAUUGCUGCUUGUACCAUUUCGGAAGAUGGGUCACAAGUUGCUUUUUCCCAAGUGACUCGUGGAGUUAUUCUUUUUGAUCGAGUUAACAAAAGUUACCAGAUGAUUCUUCGAACUAGAUUGGUGGAUUGUGGGCUGAUGUAUUUUACAUCCGAUAAGAACAUUCUUGUUUGCGGGUUUCUUGGUUUUACUUUCGAGGAAUACUGUGUCUCAUAUAAAGGUUUCUUUUAUGGACCACCACGUUUCAUAAGUAUCACUGUUAAUUCCGAUCCACAUUUGGAACCUCUUCAAUUUAAAACUUUUACGUUAUGGCCAUACAAUUCGUCAGGCACUUUGGACUUACGGGAUGAUUUUAUAAUGCUGACCAUAACCCCCAAACAUUGUCUGUAUGCAGGUUCCUACAUCAAACUCGAUGAUGAGUCGGCAUUGGUUGGUAGCCCAGCUUGUAAAUACGUCACAAUGAUAAACACUGUCCAUGGGAUGGCGUUCGGCUCUAUAAAGGGUAGAAAUGUCAAACAGAUUGCCUUUUCUCUUGAAGGAGAUGUCAUUUAUUCAGUUGUUCCAGUGCCUGAAAGAGAAGUAAAAGUAACUGUUUUGAGAAUGUCAAGUCGUGACCAAAUGAACACAAAAGUUUUCCCUGACUCCGUUUCCAUCUUUCCAAUGAGGGAUGGUAUUGUACUUUUUAAACACGACAGAGUCGCAGAGUUAUGGAGCUUUGAUAUGUCCACUUGUCUUAGACCUCUCCCCAAUGUCACCGGAUGCGACAUUGUUUCCUCUGUUUCAGGGGAACUGAUAGCCUGUUGUUCUUCGGUACCAUUUUACGAAUUGUCAGAGGAUUCGGAUCUGGAGGAUCAGGAUUCCGAUAAUUCAGGGGACUGGCUUGGUUAUAUGGACGAAUGGUCUGAUUCCCAGGACUACCUGACUAAGAGCAAGCUGGUUAUCAAUUAUUUGGGCGUUAACCGUACUAAAAGCACGACCGUUUCAUCGCUGAACACCGUUUUGGAUGCCGGUGAGGAAAUACUUUCAGUUUUUUUCAUUAAUUCAAGUGAAGUACUAGUUUGCACCUCUAAAGAGUCAGAAGUGUUUAAAGCGAUAUUAGUCACAGUAAAACUCAGUUUAAGGAAGAAUGGUUUAAUUAUGUGGGAAAGAACAGCGUUCUGGAUCGAUCCAAUGGGUAUAAUGUCACACGCGCUCUGUUCCUCUAAACAUGAAUUUGUUGUCACUUGGAACACUCUUGAAGAAGGUCAUGGCCUGCAUAUACUUAAUGCAGAUACGGGAGAAACACUACACGUCUUUCUUGGAGACCAAAAUGACAUUGUUGAUUGUAAGUUUCUCGAUGAUGAAUCUGUGGUCUGCUGUAGUGGAGACAACUUCCUUCGAUUGUAUAAUGUCAGAGCUGGGGUUCUGCUGAGUAUUCUAGACAUUGGAGAGCAACCUUUCUGUUUGGGAGCCUGUUUGUACCAACCCCUUAUCGCCAUUGGUUUGUCUGGCACAAGAGUGAAAUUCGUCCAUGUACAGUUGCCAAAAGAAACUGAAAAGACUCCAAGGUUAGUUUCGUUUAUCAGUUUGUUGGUCAUUGCAGUAGAUUAA